AUGGAGCAUUCAUCUACACAUGUCAAAUGGUUUUUGGUGUGUGCGCUUCAUGGAACUUUUGUUCUGUCAUUGAGCUUAGGCCUGGAAUUGCCUGCAAGAGCAGCCACCUCCGGAAAUGAGUCGGAUCACUUGGCCUUGCUUGCUUUCAAGAGUCAUAUUAUUCAGGAUCCACUACAAAUCAUGAGCUCAUGGAAUGAAUCGCUCCAUUUCUGCAACUGGGCAGGUGUUACUUGCAAUCCUUCCAACGGACGAGUUAUGAUUCUGAACCUGGAAGCGCAGAAGCUGGUUGGCUCCAUACCAUCUUCUAUAGGAAACCUUUCAUUGCUCACUGGGAUCAACCUGCAAAACAACAGCUUCCACGGUGAAAUCCCACCAGAGUUGGGCCGUUUGUUGCACCUGCAACAUCUCAAUUUGACUGCAAAUUCAUUAGGUGGAAUGAUUCCAACAAAUCUGACCCAUUGUACUGAGCUCAGAAUCCUCAAAUUGAAUUAUAAUGAGCUCACUGGACCAAUACCGGACCAGCUUAGUUCACUUUCAAAAUUAUUGAUUCUGAGCCUAGGUGUUAAUAGCCUCGCAGGAAAAAUCCCAGCUUGGAUUGGUAACUUUUCAUCGCUAUUGAUUCUCGGACUCACCCAGAACAAUCUUGUUGGUAGCAUACCGGAUGAGCUUGGCCAUCUGUCACACCUGGGGAUUUUUCAACUGUAUGGAAAUCAACUGUCAGGUAUAGUCCCUCCUUCCAUUUACAACAUCUCUUCCAUUUACUACUUCUCGGUUACUCAAAACCAUUUACACGGGCAGAUACCAACAGACGUUGGCCUUACUCUUCCUAAUCUCCAAAUUUUUGCUGGUGGUGUCAACAAUUUCAAAGGAACCAUUCCUGUAUCGAUAUCAAAUGCCUCUGGACUCCAGAUACUUGACUUUGCUCAAAACAAUCUCACAGGAACUCUGCCCACGAGUUUAGGAAGGUUAAGAGCUUUGUAUUGGCUAAAUUUCGAUGAUAAUGAACUAGGAUAUGGGAAGAAUGGAGAGUUGAAUUUUGUAAACUACCUGGUCAACUGUACAAAUCUGUUUAAGUUGGGCAUAGCACGAAACCAUUUUGGAGGAGAAUUGCCCAGUUCAAUAGCCAACCUUUCGACACAGAUGGCAAAAUUUACAAUGGGUUCCAAUCUAAUAUAUGGAAACAUCCCUUUUGGGAUUGGAAACCUGGUCAACUUGAACAAUCUAGCAAUGGAAGAUAACCUUUUCACCGGUAAUGUCCCUGAUGUUAUUGGAAAGGGAAGAAUGGAGAGUUGA